UUUUAAUGGAGCCCGUGAUGUCGUGACUGCUCUCUACUGCCAUUUAAAGACCAGAAGUAAGUAAAGACGCGUCUUCUCCAGUCAAGAGAUUUAUUUUUCAAAGAGCACACAAUUUCGCUGAGUAAAGAAGUUAUGCAACAUUUUAUUCAUUUUCAUCUGAUGGCGUUAAUGACUGCACUGGCUGCAACUGCACGAAAAACAACAAACCUCUCAAAGAUAUACUGGUGCGUUGUGUUGAUACGUGUUGAUACUGGAUACAGCAGAUGUAGCAGUGUUAUAGAAGGUUUGAGUUUUGGCCAUCAUAGAAAACAACAAGCAAAUUUAACUUGCACAUAUCGGCUGUCAUCAUUGUCAGCAGUCUCAGUUUUAUCCAUUUGUCUACCUUGAGAGGCGAGGCUAUUAUAUCUUUGGGUUAGUCGUUAGGUCAUGAUGGUGGCCGUACGUAGUAGCUAGUUUUACCGGUUUGUUUAACAAGAAAUUUAAAUGGAUAUCUCUUGGUUCCCGAUUUCGCAUGGAGUUGGAUGCGGUUGAAUGUACCAUGGAACAUCCCACUAAUAUUGCAUGAAAGGAAAGUUAUUAAACUGGUUUCGUUGCUAACCUGUUUUUGUUGCUGAAUUUGAUUUUAAACUUCAUAUCUUUUUCCUGUCCACGUCUUACUGGCCAUUUCUAGGUGUGGUCAGAAUGAAAAGCAAGAAAAGGGAGAAACGCUGAUACCGUUGAUGGCCAAUUGGCCAUUCUGUCGUCCAACGGAUGGCUAUAAAGUGGCCGAAUGACAACCCAACCUGACGACUUCCUCUCCAGACUCGCACUGACGAACUGGACACCAUGAAGAGCACUAUUAUAUGCAUUUUGGUUUUAUUGGCUGUGGCCUGCACUCGAGCUAGAAAUGUUAAUUAUCCAACCAGUCUACCCGAUAUUUCGUCACCUUCGUUUCCCAGUGGACAGUGGAACACACAGGACGAAAUUGGCCAGGCCAGUUUCGGCUAUUCCUACCCCGGCCAUCAGGCUGCCAGUAACGUUCGUGAUUCUGCUGGUAACAUGGCCGGUUCUUGGGCUUAUGUCAACCCAGAAGGGAAAUUGGUCAACGUCUCCUACACCGCCGAUGAACGAGGUUUCCGCGUCUCCUCGAAUGUUUUGCCAGCAGCAGCCGCUCCUGUGGCCGAUUUGGCAGUAGGACCAAUUGCGACCGGCCGCAAUCCUACCAAGGCUGCCUCCGUUCCAAUUGAUUCCAUUGUCAAUGACGGUGAUUGCAUUGGCAACCGUCCAGCCCGCUCGAAAAGGCAAACUGGUGAUGAAACGAACUUAGGAAAUAGAAAUCCUAUUGCCAGUAAACUUGAAGAAUUUAAUUAUUCAAACAAUAAGUAUACGGAAGAAACGGGCCGGAACCAAUACCCUUUCAUGGCAGCGUUGCUGAAAUACGACGAGGCGUCACGGCGAUACAAGUUGGCCUGCGGUGGAUCGUUGAUUAGCGCCACUAAAAUCCUGACCGCUGCCCAUUGCGUCAUUCAAAACGACACAAUUCCAGCGUUUGACAAAUUGCUGGUCAAACUGGGCGUGCACUUUUUGAACGAAACGGCGGACGAUGCUGAACUCACAAGCCGAAUCAAUCAGAUAGACAUUCACGAAAACUACGACCAACUAACGAAGAUCAACGACAUCGCCAUUGUGACGCUCGACUCGCCCGUGAAAUUCACCGACAAAAUUUCGACCGUCUGCCUGCCGCAAAAGUGCCAUCAAGGCGCUCAUACCAACGGCUACGCCCGGGCCCUUGGAUGGGGAAACGCCAAGGAAGGUGAAAGAAACUCUGAUGUCCUCCGCCACACGACCACCGAGUUUAUGAGCCAAGAGUCUUGUAUUGAAAGAAUCAACACUGGCAGCAGGCAAAUUCAAUUAGCCGACCAAAUGAUUUGCGCCCUUCCGGCUGAUGAACUUUGUCAGAAUUACGAUGGUGGUCCGAUGAUUCUACAAAGGCCCGUCAGUAGAAAUGAAGAGUGUCCCUGGCUGCAAUUUGGCAUCAUUAGUUCCACAAGUGGAUGCUAUGGAAACCGUGAGCCGGAUGUUUACACCAGAUUGACGUCAUUCUGGACCUGGAUCGAUGAUAAGGUGAAUCCGUAGUAAAAAACGGAAAUUGGAAAAAUUAUGUCGUGUGUUUUCUUAUGUUUUUUAUUAGUUGGAUGGCUGAAAAAAAACUUGCGAAAAACUUGUUCAUUUUGGUUUGCAACAGAAUACAAUUAAUUUGCCCAAAA